AUGGCGGGCCCGGAGCUGCUGCCCGAGGGGUGGCGGCUCUGCUUCCACUCCGUCCGCGCCGCCACCUUCCACAACUGGCCCCUCACCGAGGGCUGCGCCUGCACGCCCGAGCGGAUGGCUGCGGCGGGCUUCGUGCACACGCCCAGCGAGAAUAGCCCCGACGUGGCGCAGUGCUUCGUGGAGCUCGAGGGCUGGGAGCCCGACGAUGACCCGCUGGAGGAGCACAAAAAAUACUCUGCGGCCUGUGGUUUUCUUUCUCUUCAGAAAGAACCUUCUAACCUGACGGCGCUGGAGUUCCUGGAGCUGGAAAAAACGCGAACGAGAAAUGCACUUAAAAAAGAGGUCUCUCAGAAGAUGACCGAGUUUGAAGAUAAAGCUAAGAUCCAGCGCUGUAGGAUAAAGAAUCUGGCCUAGACUGCUGCAGCUUCAUAGUUGCCAGUUUUUAAGAGCGCACUUUGCAGGCUUAAGGAAAGCAGGUUCUGAGAUCAAAAGCUAAGGGGUGCUAGAAUAAUCAAACAUCAGUUGAAAGAAGUAAGUUAAUACUAAUAGCAAACUAAUAAAAUGUGAGAUGAUAGCAACAUAACCAUGAAGUCUGGCUUAAUCAGAUAAAGAUACCUGUUCA